CGGACGGUGUGUGCGCGCGUGCGCGGUUGAGGCCGGUUUCAGUUCCGGGGUGACGGCGCGUCUCCUUCCUGGAGCGGUUGGCGGUGGGCUCCGGUGGGCGCCAUGGCUCGGAACGCGGAAAAGGCCAUGACGGCCUUGGCAAGAUUUCGCCAAGCUCAGCUUGAGGAAGGAAAAGUUAAGGAACGAAGACCUUUCCUUGCAUCUGAGUGUAAUGAAUUGCCUAAAGCUGAGAAAUGGAGGCGACAGAUCAUUGGGGAAAUUUCCAAGAAAGUGGCGCAGAUUCAAAAUGCUGGAUUAGGCGAAUUCAGAAUUCGGGACCUGAAUGAUGAAAUAAACAAACUUCUGAGGGAGAAAGGACACUGGGAAUUCAGAAUAAAGGAGCUAGGAGGUCCUGAUUAUGCUCGUAUUGGACCAAAAAUGUUGGAUCAUGAAGGGAAAGAAGUUCCAGGAAACAGAGGUUAUAAAUAUUUUGGUGCUGCAAAGGAUUUACCAGGAGUUAGAGAACUUUUUGAAAAAGAACCCCUCCCACCACCUCGAAAAACUCGAGCUGAGCUUAUGAAAGCCAUUGAUGCAGAAUAUUAUGGCUACAGGGAUGAAGAUGAUGGUAUUCUGGAGCCACUGGAACAAGAACAUGAAAAGAAAGUUAUAGCAGAAGCAGUGGAAAAAUGGAGAAUGGAGAGAGAAGCACGGCUUGCAAGAGGGGAGGAGGAGGAGGAGGAGGAAGUAAAUAUCUAUGCUGUCAACGAUGAUGAGUCUGAUGAGGAGAGUGGCAAGGAAAAAGAAGGUGAAGAAGGCCAACAGAAGUUUAUUGCACAUGUUCCAGUGCCAUCUCAACAGGAGAUUGAAGAAGCUCUUGUACGGAGAAAGAAGAUGGAGCUUCUUCAGAAGUAUGCCAGUGAAACCCUUAUGGCGCAAAGUGAAGAAGCAAAAACACUUUUAGGAUUGUAAUGUUGAACCAGUAUGUCCUGGGUUUUAUAUAAUCCAUUUUAAAGCAACAGGUUGAUAUAUUCUGGUAGCAAUCAUUUUUAGCUCUGAUAGUCACUUUGGAUGUUAAGAGUAAACUGGUGAAGUUUAUUCUGUAGAAGGAAAACCAUCAUUUUGGUUUAUCCACUGAGAUGACUUGCACUGCAGUGCUGAAAAAGCUCAAACCUAGGUUAACCUGUGUCUUACGUCUUCAGCAGCUGUCUCCGAUCCUUUCACUUUGUAAAAGGAUCUGUGCAGGUGUGCCUUUUGCAGACAGAACCACAAAACAGAGCAGUUUACCAGAAUAGCUUUAGAGCUAUUUAGAGAUACCUUGAUGGCAGAUCUUAUGAGCGACUUUGAAGUUGAUUUGGUUCUUUGUAUAACACAUGCAAUAUGUCUACAAACUGUUACCCUUUUUGUGGUUUGUAACCAUGCCUGGUUGAAUUGCUUAAAUGCUGGAUAUUUCAGCAAUUCUUGUAAAUACUUUCAACUUUGCAAUACCUUGUUCAAAUAUUUUUAGUAAAACUUAUUUAUAACCUGA